AUGGCUGUGAAGCUGUCAUCGCAGAGGAACCGCAGGCAGGACCCACGAUGCGAAGACCGCAGUCAGCCUGAGCUGGCGGUGGGCCUGACGGCAGAAGACAGCAGCCGAGACGCGCUGGCGGGGCCAGGGGCUCUCUGGGAGGCCCUCUGGGCGCUCCUGCCCCGCACCAAAGAAGAACUGCGGUUGGACCUCGGUGCGAGCGUGGAGGGGAGUGUGGUGGUGCUGCUGCAGCAAGCCGCCGACCUCUUCUACGGGGGCAGAAGGAGCGAGUGUCUGCAGACGAGCGAGGUGGUCCUUGACUACUCCUGGGAGAAACUCAAUACCGGGCUGUGGCAGGACGUGGACAAAGACUGGCGUCGGGUGUAUGCCUUCGGCUGCCUCCUGAAAGCCAUGUGUCUGUGUGAAGCGCCUGGGGACUCGGCCACCGUGGCCACAGCCCUCAGAGUCUGUGACAUGGGCCUGCUCAUGGGAGCGGCCAUCUUCGAUGACAUCCUCAUUAAAGUUGCUGCCGUCCUCCAGGCGCACCUUCCCCCUGGAAAAAGGCCUGCCCAAGGUCCGGCCCCGGAGCAGCCCCGCUUAAAGAAAGCCAGGAAUGGCCAUGUUUCGAUUCCCGAUAUGAGGUCAGAGAAAGCAGUCCCCCGGCUUCACUGUCCGUCCCUGCAGCAUUUCAGGAAGCAUUAUUUGAUUCCACAGACGCCUGUGAUCUUGGAAGGCGUGGCCGACCAUUGGCCGUGCAUGAAGAAGUGGAGCUUGGAGUAUAUACAAGAAAUUGCUGGCUGCCGCACUGUCCCGGUGGAAGUGGGCUCCAGGUACACCGACGAGGAAUGGUCCCAGAGGCUCAUGACGGUCAGUGAGUUCAUCAGCUGCUACAUCCUCAACGAGCCAAGGGACGUCGGGUACCUGGCCCAGCACCAGCUCUUAGACCAGAUCCCGGAGCUGAAGCAGGACAUCAGCAUCCCUGACUACUGCUGCCUGGGCGACGGGGAGGAGGAAGAGAUCACCAUCAACGCCUGGUUUGGGCCCCCGGGCACCGUGUCCCCCCUUCACCAGGAUCCCCAGCAGAACUUCCUGGCCCAGGUGCUCGGGAGGAAGUACAUCCGCCUGUAUUCCCCGCAGGAGUCGGAGGCUGUCUACCCUCAUGACACGCACCUUCUGCACAACACCAGCCAGGUUGACGUGGAGAAUCCAGACUUGGAGAAGUUCCCCAGGUUUGCGGAGGCCCCGUUCCUGUCCUGCAUCCUGUCCCCGGGAGAGCUGCUGUUCAUCCCCGUUAAAUACUGGCAUUACGUGCGGGCCCUGGACCUGAGCUUCUCCGUCAGCUUCUGGUGGACAUAGGCAUGCCUUGUGCUGGCCAGGUGUGUGCAGGGAGAGCCCAGGACAUUCCAGGCCGUACGGCAAGGCAUGGACAUAAGGCCUGACGUGUUGGGAAACGGGCUCUGAGGUUGGCGGCCUGGGUUCAAACCUGGCCCCAUGGCUUAAGUGCCGUGUGAUUUGGGCAAGUGUGUCUCCACCUGGAAAACGGGGCACUGGUCCUCACCACAGAGGGUCUGGGAGGUGGAGCGUGUGCAAAGCCCGGACAGUCAUGCUUCUCACACAGCUGUCAUGACGGGGCCUCCACGCCCUAGCCUGCAGGUGGGCAUGGUGGGCAUGGCCCUGGUCACGGGGAGAGUCCUUGCCAGCUUGCUGGAGAGCUCAGACCUCUGCUGGGCAAUGGGAAGUCCACGGACAUCCUUUUUGGUUCUUUAUUUAUUUAUUUUACUCAUUGAUUUUGAAGAGAGGAAGGAGGAGAGAGAGAGACAUCAGUUUGUUACCUAUGCAUUCAUUGGUUGGUUCUCACAUGACCGGGGAUGGACCUGCAACCUUGGCACAUCAGGACGACACUGCAGCCGAGCUCCGUUUCCGUGCUGUCACUGCUGAGGUGUGACCUGCCUUCGGGGAACUGCGUGGUGCAUUCCCUGGGGCCCUCCCAGGAGGCUGUUCCCAAAGCAAGAAAGCGACCCCUCGCCAGCGCCAAGCAGCCCCUCCUGCCCCCCGGGGGCUCCACCCUCCCAGCUCCCAGCUCACUGCUCUCUGGGGAGAGGCCCGGAUGUCAGGCUUUCCAUGUACAUUUAUUUUGUUCGUAUAAAUGUGUUGGUUCUGUUUGUAUAAA